GCGGCAAUCGAUGGGCGGCGGGAGGGGAGCGGCGGCAGCGGCGGCGGCGGCAGCUGUUCACUUGCGGUGUCGACUACGGCCGGCAGCGGCGGUACGACUGCAGGUGGCGGCUGUCAUAGUUGGCUGUGAACGGUGCGCGGCGGAUGUGUCAGGUGCUCGAGCGACGUUCUGCGGCGGGAGUACAUAGGCGAGCCUGGUGAGCGAGGAUUGUGCAAGCUGCGGCUGACAAUUCGAUUUGUGUUGAACGGGUGAAGGUGUGCCGACAGUCAAUUUGAAAGAGGGACGAGGAGGACCAGCGAGCGGCGGCACACAGAUCUAACGGGACGACCGCAUUCAUAUUCGAACUCGCAAUUGGUGCCUUGUCCGGACCGUGGGCUGGGUUAGGAUUCGCCGCUCAGUAAGUCCUGCGACUACGGUCGGACCGGUGUCCACGUCACAUUUAAACCGCUCGGGUUCAGUUUCCGUGUGUCGGCCUGCGCUAUCCGUCAGUCUCCAGCCCCUGCACCAGGACCACCAGCGUUGCCACCAUGCUCAGCAACCGCCCUGCGCUGACGCGCUCGUACGCCGCGCUGGACGCCGACCACUUGGACGCUGUCGAGUUCCGUCCGACGCUGAGGGACCGGCUGCGUUCCUCGGUCAGCGUGCUGAGCCUGGCGCGCCCCGAGGGCGGCGGACGCUUCCACAGACUGCACCGCAAGCUGGGCCGCGUGUUCGGCCGAUCCGGACGCUACGCCGGAGUACAGACUGUGUGCGAGGUGGCCGAUGAUGAGAUGACGCCGGGACACGGCAUUAGGAGAUCUCAGACGAUGCCCCUGGCCGAGGAAGCAAGCCUGCUCAGCGGAGCGCCGCUGGAUGACAUUGAACUCCGCUCGGUGAACCUGCACCAGCCGCAGGCUCGCGUGGCCAUCGGUGAUGGCUCGCUGGGUGCCGAACAGUAUGUGGAGACCAGUCGCGGCUCCAUCUGUGUGGCCAUUCAGGGCGACCUGCACAAACCGACCAUCGUCACCUACCACGACCUGGGACUCAACUAUGUGGCCAACUUCCAGAGUUUCAUGAACUAUCCAGACAUGAAGAUAAUGGCUGAGAGUUUCAGCUUCGUUCACAUCAACGCCCCUGGGCAGGAGCCCGGCGCAAAGACACUGCCGGAAGGGUACGUGUACCCCAGCUGUGAGGAGCUGGCUGAGCAGGUCAGGGAGGUGAUCGAAAAACUGCAGCUCAAACGCUGCGUGGGACUGGGCGUCGGAGCCGGCGGAAACAUCCUCUCACGGCUGUGUCUGGCUCAUCCCGAGCUGAUGGAGUGUCUGGUGCUGAUCAAUGCCGUGUGCACCCCUCCCGGUUGGAUCGAGUGGGGCUACCAGAAGAUGAACGUGCGGCACCUGAGGAGCUCCGGCAUGACGCAGGGUGUCAUGGACUACCUGAUGUGGCACCACUUCGGAAAGCUGGACGAGGCCUCGCACGACCUGAUGCACCAGUACCGGAGCCAGUUCCAGUCGGCCAACGGCGCCAACUUAUCGCUGUUCAUCGAGUCGUACAACCAGCGUACCGACCUGGGCAUCCAGCGGCCGGCGCCGGCCGGCAAACAGGAGGGUGUGUUCCUGCGCGUGCCCGUGCUGCUCGUGUGCGGAAACCGCAGUCCGUACGAGGACGAGACGGUGACGUUCAACUCCCGCUUGGACCCGGGCAAAACCCAGUGGAUGAAGAUCCACGACUGCAGCCUGCCGCUCGACGAACAGGUUGCCAAGGUCUGCGAGGCAUUCCGACUCUUCCUGCAGGGACAGGGAUUCGCGGUUCGAUCACGACAAAGGCUACAGAAGGUUCCUCUCCAGUGAUGUGACAGUGCCGGGCAUCGGACGGCGAAUGUCAUUGGACGGCGGCGGACACCACUGAGCGUCCAAUCCACACCGCUGGCCGUGACCACACUGUAGACUCGUGGCGACAUCUGUCGCGCGCGGACGCCACUUGUAGUUGCCAUCCGACCGCCGGGCUGCGCUAGUGAUGCAACAGCGGCUCGCUACAUAUUCCUUGUUUGCGCGUCGCCGGCGCUGUGCGGGGAUGAGUGUAUGAUGGAGUGCUGGCUGGACAGUCAAUCAUCUCAUCCCCUCCGCAGGGGAGAGGAGCGAAGGGUUGCAGAAGCCCGUAGUGCAAUCUGACCGCUAGAUAGUGCGGUGGGAGGGACGUGUAUCGUGCAAUGCGGUCCCGCUGUGACCAGCAAUCAUGAUCUGUGGACGCUUUGCUGUCACCGGCAGGACCAGUGAGCGUCUCCGAUAUUUUAUGUCGCCUCCUCUGUGUUUGUGUGCGUGUGGAUGAGCGCGCCGUCUUUUCUAUUGCUGCUUUGUGAUGUACCUACAGCGCGGCUGCUCGAUAGGAUAUAGAGUGCCUAACCGAACCGGCCUCCGCAGCCCGCCCUGCCUCUGACGCCUGACACUCGCCCAAACUCGUCCCAAACUACUGCAUGCCUUAGACAAUCUGUUGUCAUGAUUCCGUCUGCCCACUCCUUCUCCAGCUCCUGAUAUCGUCUCUCAUGCUCUCAUCAGACUCCUGAUAGUAUCUCCCGUCCUCCGCCCACUCCUGAUUCCAGCUCCUGUCCUCUCCUCACCUAACCUCCCGCUCCUGACCGGCAGUGCCGCUCCUGAAUCCAGUCACCCUGAGUCAGAGGCGCCACCAGCUGGCGCUCAGUGUCGCCGGGUCGUCGCGGGUCGCCGAGACGUGGCUCGUGUCCGAGGAUGGUCGCGGUGACCGGCAGUGACCUGGUCGUGACCUGGCCGUGUGUUGGUGCCACAGCGUUCGAGACCGGGUAGGUCAGAAGUGUAAAGUCGCAGACCGACGCUCGUGGGGUGCUGCGUUGAAUGAUGACAGCUGGAGACUGAUUGAUCUGAAUAUAUACUGUACAGCUGGCU